AAGUGCCGCAUACACCUGGCCUUGUUCGCGUCAGCUUCCGUGACGAUGCACGGGCUCGUUCGGGGAUCGUCACCACGAUCCGGGUGACAACACAACCCUUUCGUCAUCGGUGCUCGUCUCGAAUCGUGCGUCGAAGUAUGACGAGGCUAAAACUCCGAACCGUCCUGUCCUCGCGCAGCCAUCGCUUCGCUGCGUGACAUAUCGUGCGAUUGUUCUCGUUGUCGUCGUCGUCGAAGGUUAUCCGCCUCCUCCUCCUCCGAUAUUUCCGCCUUCUUUUCCUCCUCUCCUCGCUUUUCGCCACCAUUUUCUCCAUUUUCUCGCUCCCGUGAGUUCAUUGGAAUUAUUCGACUAUUAAUAACGCCGCGAUCGUCGUGUCGUUGCACGAUGCUGAUUCCUCACCGAGCCUUGUUUUUCGCGAGAUUUUCCUGAAGCUGGAGGACGAACAGUGGUGAUUAUGAAUUUUUUCAAUGGUGAUUUUUUUUCUUAUGUUCUCGUGAUCAGAUCGUAUCGUUGUGAAAGAAAUAAGUUGAUUAGAAAGAGGUUAAGAUUUAGAGAGCUGGGCUGCGAGAUAAUUAAGCGAAGGAUAUUAUUAAAAUCCUUGCUCUGUUUCCUUGUUCUCUCUUUCUUUUGUCGUUUUUAUUUAUUGAUAUCGUUUUUCAUUCCAAACAAUUGCGUUGGAAUGAAAAAUAUAUCCGUUUUUAUUGGAUGAUGUUUUUUUCUUCUUCUUCUUCUUUUUCUUCUUCAAUCACGUUUUAUUAAUAUUUACAGUGAUUUCAUUUAUACGCCGAUUUAUUUAAGGAUAUAUUUCGAAAUUGUCUUUGAAAAUUUCUUCGUGUUCGUGCCGUAAACAUCGCUCUCAUGAAAAGAGACAUAAAAAGAGACUAUUAUAAUAACUCGUCCGUUUAUUAUAAUUUAGCGUCCAAAGAUUUCCAUUGGAUUGACGAUCUCAUAUAAAACGACUAUGAAACGACGUUUUCCAUCUUUUGGCAAACGGAUUCCGGUGUUGCCAUCUUUAUAAUAAUCCACGCUCUUUCGACACACGUUUGCGCGUUGAAAUCCGUUAAUUUCGAAACAAGUUCCCAUAUUUUAAAACGAAACAUAAUCUCGUUAAAAUCUAGAGAAAGAGAAAGAGAAAAAAUUUUCUUUCCCAAUCGAGCGAGUUAAACAUGGUCAGUGAAUUUUUUAUUCUCAAUUUCUCAUGGAUUAUUACAAACGCGUUGUGAAAGUGAAGUGGAUCGUCGAGUCUCAAACGACACGAGCGACGAACGAGAAUAAAAACGAAAUACAACAUAUUCGGUUGAAAAUUAAUCAAAUUGAAAACUACUAAAUUAAAAAUUACAUUUAACGAGUGUGUAGAAAUUGGGCGGUGUUUUUCUUCUUCCGUGUACUUUUGUGCUUUCGAGUGACGAGGUUUCGCGAUGCAUCGAUUAAUGAUCGAGGGAUGCGAUCGAGGAGGGUGGCAUGGAAAAUGUGGGAAAAGGGGGACGGUUUUCGGAAAGCGGCCGCCACUAUAAAUAGAGGCGCCUCAUGCGUGCGUGCUAUGCUUUUAAACAUAGUUUUGGCAGCGCGAAACGUCAAACCGCCUCGGAGUGGCAAAGCGCGUGGAUCGUUUCGCGAAAUUCAAGCAUUGGCCGGACAUUCUCUGCAAUAUUUGUCCCGAUCCAAAUACCGUGACAUCUUACAAAGUAUCCAUGAAUAAAAUGUGACACCGUGUGUGUGAUCGCAAUAAAAAGAAAAGAAAAAGAAAAGAAAAGAAAAGAAAACAAAAAAAUUAUCCGUGCCUUUGUCCAUUCGUCACGAGAGCGAAAUAGAGAAGUCUGUCGACAACGUGAAAUCGAAUGAAACGUGUUGAAAUUUCGAUUUGAAGGGACGUUUGGAAAAAAAAGAGGGAAAGAAAAGGAAUAAUUCGAUAUUGACUUUGAACGUUCGUUGAUAAGAUAUCGAAGAACCAAUCUGGUUCUCGUUUUCGACGAUUCCCUUCUUAUUUUUCCAACUAGGAGGGGGAGGACAAGGACAGGGUUGGGAAUCCAAGGAGAAAUAAAAUGAAAAGUGUGUUGGAAAAGCACGACAAGGAGAACCAACGGCCGAUGGAUACCUGCCACGGGGACAACGAAAGAGCGCAAGAUGCCAAGGAUGAAGAGUAAAAAUCGCCACCACACUAACAAAAACGCCUGCCUCCGCGUUUCGUGCUGCUAGUGUUCGUCGCUCUGCGCCAGUGUGAUGUCACCGAGCAGCAAAGGCACGGACGAGACUGUAAACGAUGCGUUGUUGGAGAAGCUCCGAAAUUGCGUGUCCAAGCCACAGGAGGUCGAUACAUUCAGAAACAUCGCAGCUAAGAUACAUGCUCGGGUCACGUCCACAGAUCGACGGGUGCGCGAACGCACGCUGGACAAAUUAUGGCGCAAGAAUUCCGGUGCGAUGGAAAUGUUCAUCGCAACAUUGGAGAAUUGCAAGGAUCACGUGAUAAACUACAGCAUCGCCAGCAUACUACACGAGUGCAUAUCACCCCGUAACGCGAAGGGGAAGACCAAAGGGAACAAGAACAAAAGUGCCACAAUAUCCAGCAGCCGAAUGGCAGUGAUGCAGCUGAUCAAUUUAGGAAUCACGCAAGCUCUAAUUAAACUUUUAGUUAAUCUGCAACACACGGACAGUAUUUCGAGCGAGGCCCUCACGCGAGAGGUGCUUUGGCUUUUGGGUCAGAUAGCCCAAAGGGACCAGAAGUUCGUGUUAAAAAUAAAGAUGCUUAAUACCGUUAAAGUGUUCCACACGCUCUUGAAGCAACAUUACAAUAAUAGCAAAACGUUGUUGCCUUUGUUGUUGAUCAUCAAAUGUCUCGCCAGAAAUUCAUUCUCGCUUCAGAUAUUGAUGAAGGACGGUAUAGCUUCCACGUUGGAGAAAACAUUCGUCAGUAUCGGUUACAUGCCUCAUCUGAAACUCAAAUCGUUGUUAGAGUGUUUGAAAUAUUUCACAACGAGCAAAGUUUGUUGCAUGAAAUUCGUGAAGGUGGGUCUGGUAUAUCUGCUGAUGAGGAUCUUCGAGAGAUGGGACCGAUUCGACGGGCCGAUGAGACUGAAGAUUUGCAAUUCCACUUUGAUCACGUUACAACACUUAUGCGUCAUAAAGGCCGGCAGGAAGGCUAUCAAGUUGAACAAUGGUUUGCAACUACUGUACCGGUUCUGCAACAAUUGCCCGGAGGAUAAGUCAUACGAUUCGUUGCUAUCGCGUAUUUGCGGGAUAAUCAAUCAAUGUCUGGAGAAGAAGGAGCUGCCGGUGCCCGAAAUGUCUCCGGCAAGAUUCGUGCUGCCGAACGAAACGAACAGGCCCAACAGCGUUGAAAGUGGUAGCGACAUCGAUAGUCAGCCCUGCAGCGUCGCCUCUCUUGGACGGAUGUACAGCGAUCUUGAUUCGGGCGACGAAGAGGAAAGCCAGCACUCAAGGACGAAUGCGAAAACCAUGAACGCGACCGACGAAGUGGACGAGAGCAAGUUCUUUGCCGGUGUAUUCACGUCUCAAAGAUCGGAGGAGGAGUUGGCCGAAUACAACGUUUUUUUCAAAGAAUUGGACAACCUUGGACAUCAUCAAAUAUGCGGCACAAAUUUAUCGACGGAGAAGAUCAUCGAUACGAUCGAUACGAAAGGGUGUAGCAGAACAAAGAUAAAGGAUUUGUUGAAAGAGGGGAUAUCGAAGACGAGCCAAAUGACGAACAGCGAGACGAUGAUCAAAAUAUUCAAAGAUAUUUCGAUUUUGACGGAUCAGCAGGCUUAUUGCGUGAUAGCGAGCAGGGUGAAAAGCGUCAUCGGUUUCGUGAAGGUGGCUUACCCGGAUCUGAUCGGUGGCGACGGCCUAGGGAAGGACGAGCCCUUGAACAGCAAGGACAGAAGGGUCUGCCGUUCGAAACUUCUCACCUGCGUGGAACGUGGCCUCCACGGUAGCCUGUUGACGCCGGAAGUGGUGUACGAUCUCGACGCCAUAACUUCGUCCAGCAACGCGUCCACGGAAGAGCAGAAACUGGUCGACCAUCACUUGUGCAACUGGGAUGAGAACAGGAUAGGAAAGCGUUCCUUCGACAACAAACACUUGCACUUCGAGUCCAGAUUCGAGAGCGGGAACCUGAGAAAAGUUAUUCAGAUAGGCGUGAGAGAGUACGAUCUGAUCUUGACGCCGGACGUGAACAGCGGCUCCAGGCACCAAUGGUUCUAUUUCGAGGUGUCGAACAUGGAGGCGUUGGCGUAUACGUUUAACAUUAUCAACUGCGAGAAAGCGAAUUCGCAGUUCAAUUUCGGGAUGAAACCGAUCCUGUUCAGCGUGACGGAGGCCCAGCUUGGCAGGCCGGGUUGGGUGAGAACCGGGGCGGACAUAUGCUAUUAUCGAAACUGUUAUCAACGGCCCGCCAAGGGGAAGAAUUAUCUCACUACCUCGUUCACCGUCACUUUCCCUCACGCGUACGACGUCUGCUAUCUGGCCUACCAUUUCCCUUACACGUACAGCCUGUUGAUGACCAAUAUCUGGAAGUGGACCAAGAGGGUGCCACCCAAUACGUAUUUCAGAGUUGAGACCCUUUGCGAGACGUUGAACGGCAAUGACAACCCUCUGCUCACUAUCACGUCUCUCGACUCCAAGAGCAAUCCCAUACAGAAUCGCAAAGUGAUAUUUCUGACAUCGAGGGUUCAUCCGGGCGAGAGCAACGCAUCGUGGGUGAUGAACGGCACUUUGGAGGCGUUGCUGGGUAAUAAUCCUUACGUGACGGGCCUACGCGACGAUUACAUAUUCAAAAUCGUGCCGAUGUUGAACAUCGAGGGUGUGGUGAACGGUUGUAAUCGAUACGGAUUGACGAACGAAGAUCUGAACAGGCGGUGGAGCAAUCCGAACCAGGUUCUCCAUCCUGUGAUCUAUCACACGAAGGGUCUGAUGGAGUACUGCACGAGGGUGUUGCAAAGGCCUCCCUAUGUUUUCGUCGACUAUCACGGCCAUUCACGGAGGAAGAAUGUGUUUCUGUUCGGUUGCUCAAGGUCGGGUUCUUGGAGUGCCGCGGACAGGGCGAAACCGGACCAGCCGUCUCAGUAUUUGACGUUGCCGUAUCUCAUGCAAAAAAUAUCUCCAGCGUUCGCAUUGCCACUGUGCUCGUUCAAGGUCGAGAGGCACAAGGAGUCCACUGCUAGGGUAGCCAUAUGGCGGCAGUUAGGUGUUUCGAGAAGUUACACGAUGGAGAGCAGUUUCUGCGGAUGCGACCAGGGAUUGCUGGCGGGUUUGCAUCUGGACACGAAACACUUGAACGCCAUCGGCCAGGAUUUCUGUCAGGCUCUGUCGAUGAUGAAGGAUUAUACCGAGAAUUGGAGUCUUGACAAGAUUUGUGAGCGCAGGUCGUUGGAAGAGGAAUGUUGCCCGCUAAAAUGCAUUUCGCAGAAAUCAAAAACCGUUGCUAAAUGUAUUCAGGAUAAGCCUGCGGCCCUUCAUCUUGCCGCAAUUCCUUAACGAAUGGUUAAACAAACGAUUUGAGGAUUCCUAUGGGAGAAGGUAUUCCCGAGGAGUCAGGAUGCAUGGAAGAUGACAUUUCGUCUAGCUGCGAGUCAGACGAAUCUGAUUUUGAGACUUAAUUAAAUUUUAAUUUACGGAUUCGACAACGAUAUCGACGAUUCGUAGUUUCUUUAUAAAUAGAUCGGAAGGUUUGUACAGGUUUUUGGCUGCGAAAUAAAAAAGAAAAAAAAAGAACGAAAGAACAUCGGGCAAAGGAUUCUGUA